AUGGAUACUAUUAUGCAAGUUGAUGGAUUUUCUAAUUUAUCUAAUUUAAUACGAAUUAAUGAAAAGUAUAACUUUCAUACUACUCAUAAUGAUAAAACGAAUACCAAUACUACUAAUAAUACUACUAAUAAUAAACAUAAUUUAUGUACAGAGAACAUUUCAUCAAAUAAUAAUAAUAAUAAUAAUAUAACUGACAAUUCCAAUAUUAUACCAACUUCAAUAUCAAUGUCAUCAUUACAAAAAUCAACAUUCAAACAUAUUUCUAUGUUAUCUGAUAUACAGCAAACAAACAAUAAUUAUUAUUCUAAAUUAAAAUUACACCAAUAUCAAUCUAAUCAUAAACGUAUUAAAUGUGAUGAAGACCAUAUUUAUAAUAGUCCAUCUAUUAAUACUACUACUACUACUACUACUACUACUACUACUACUACUACUACUACUACUACUACUACUACUACUACUACUACUACUAUUAAUAAUAAUAAUGUUUAUAAAAAUAAUGACCUAAUUAUUAAAGAUGAUCCUAUGGAUGAAGAUCAUAUUGACAAUGAUGAUGAUAUUGAUGAUGAUGGUGAUGGUGACGAUGAUGAUGAUGAUGUUGAAUGUCAUAUUAAUAAUGAAUAUUCUUCUUCUAAUAAGAAUUUGAAUAAUAAACAAAUGAUUCAUUCAUUUAAUUCUUCAAAAUUAAUGACACAAAUAUAUCGUAAUAAUAAUAGAAAGAAAAUUUCACGUUUAGAUUUUAAUAAUGAACAAUUAUCUCAGGGAAUAACAUCAGCAACAACACCAACAACACCGACAACUACUGAUCAACAACGGAUAACAACUUAUCCUACAUCUAGUAAGUGA